AUGGAAGAGGAGAGGAAAGGAGAGAUAGACCUCGGGGUGUUCCUGGUCGACGCGAUGGAAAGGACGUGCGACUUGGCAGAUGGCUCCCGAGCAUGGCAGGGGUGGCAGUUGGUCGUAGUGGUGGUGGUGGUGGGUGCUACUGCUGCUGCUGCUGCUGCUGCUGCUGCUGCUGAUGUUGGUGGUGGUGGUGGCGGUGGUGGUGGUGGUGGUGGUGGUGGUGGUGGUGGUGGUGGUGGUGGUGGUAGUAGUGCUGAUGCUGGAGGUUCAAGAGCGAAAAGAAAGAUAACGAAGAGGAGACGAAAGAGGAUGCUGUGCCCUCGGGAUCUGGAACCACGUGGGACAAAACUCAGCAGAAAAGAAUCUAAUAAACCGAAGAGGAGAUCCAGUUUCUCGCCAUUAUUCCGUCGAAAUACGCUGGGAGCCUUGGAUGAGGACGAAAAGGAGGAUAAGAGGAGAAAGAGGAUGAGGGUAGUAGAGAAGGUCUGUAGUCUCCUGUCGGGAGCAAAACGUCACGAAGGAAGAGCCCCGGUUUAUCGAGAAUUUUGAGAAUGGUAAUGUAGAGGGUAAGAGAGCCGAAUUCGCAGACGGAGGAAAGAGGAAGACGCAGAGUCGUGGUAAGAGGGAAGGGAAGAGGCGGAAAGGUAAGAAAGGGAGAACUUCUCCGGGUCUCUCCAAGUAAUCCUGCUGCUGUUAGAGGAGAGGGAAGAAGGUAGGAGAAUAUAGGAUGAAAAUACCUGGAGUUAGAGAGGUCUUACUUGACUCACCCUCGCGCUUGCUUUCUUUCUCUCUCUCGCUUGCUCGCUCCUUCGUUCGCUCGCUCUCUCGUCACCAUCUCCGAGCAGGCUUUCUCGUACCGCAGCACACGCCAGUUGGUCCUAAAUAAGACAAAAGUCAUCAUAUAAUUCCAUGGCUAAUACUCGGCUCGCAUUAAUUUCUCGCGAGCUUUACCCAACUUCUUUUCCAAAUUUCUUUCGAGAAAAUGCUAUAUCAACGGAAUACCACCUUCUAACGUUUUCGACUUUAAGUCGUACGUAAAGAAACCACUCGAUAAGAGGGAAAACUUUGACUAACUGUGGAAAAUUACGAAAGAUAGGAUUACUCCAACGAUUACGCAAGAAAUUCAUUUGUGUCGCAGUUGUCGAGAACGGCUUUCACAUUUACGAUUGACAAUCGUAAAACGCAUGAUGCUGCUAGAUUAUUCUAAUUCUAAUCUAAUUUCUAAUGGAUCGCAUCUUCUUCAUCGUUGUUCGUUGUUCGUUGUUCGUUGUUCGUUGUCUAAUACAAUUCGAAGGGUGUUCUUUGUUACGUAAAAAUACACGCGUAUAUAUAUAUAUAUAUAUAUAUAAUACAUAUACCUAUAGACAUAUCGUGAAAUAGAUAAUUAUAUAACAUCGAUAAUUAUACAUAUAUGUAUACUAUAUAUCUGUAAAGAAGGAACAUUACGUCUUAUCGUACGAUUAUAAUUAAUUUUAAUACGUAAAAGCGGAAAAGAGAAACUUACAUCUUAUUAACGUCUGUACACGUCUUACCCAUUCCGACGCUCGACUUUGACUAAGGACUUUUCAAAACAGUGCCACGGAUGACUUUGUAGAGACGAAUCGAGAUCGAACGUAUUCUAACUUGUUACCACAAUCAAGGUCGGCAAUCAAAAUAGGAUCAUUACAUUCUGCCUACAUAACAAUAUUAUCUUGUUUACAAAGAACAUAGGCAGCGGGGCGAAAAGAGAGAUAGAGAGAGAGAGAGAGAGAGAGAGAAAUAGAAAGGCGGCAAGCGAGAGGAAAGAAAGAAAUGAAAAAACGAAUGUCGAUGAAAAGGCGAGGUUUGACUCGACAGUGCUCUCUUCUCGAAGAGGAGGAAUGGAAGAAGAAGGAGAAGGAUGGAGUAGGAGAGGGUGCUUCGAGAGCACGACGAAGAAUUCCGUCACGAUCUCGUCCACGUUCGCUUUGUCCUCGGCUUUGAUUUCUUCUCUUCUUGUUCCUCCUCUGCCUACGAACAAGAAGAGAGUAAAGAAGAGAAUGAGAGCGAGAGAGAGAGAGAGAGAAAGUCCACGGAGAGAUGCAGACAAAGAGCGGAGGGAGGAGAAAGAGAGUGAGAGGGUUCGAGAGAGAGAGAGAGAGGGUUCGCUCGGUUCAGUACCGGGAGAGUGAGCGAUAUUUACAUGCGAUUUGCAUACUAGUUGAUCCCUAUUGCUUCCAUCUCCAACGAGCCAGCAGGGGCGGCAGACCUACGCCCGAACCCUCCGUCACGGUUCGUCCUCUUCCUCUUCCUCUUCCUCUCGUUUCGCGAUUCUACGAGUAUCUAUAUCUCGCGUUCUCUCUCUCUCUCUCUCUCUCUCUCUCUCUCUCUCUCUCUGCAUCUCUUUCCGAGUAGUCUCCGAGUAUACCACGUACAUUUCGCGCUCUUCUGGCAGAAACGCGUAAGCGAAACCCUUAACUACUAAAGCGAAUCCGAGAGAGCGAGCGAGUUUCGACGUUCUUCGAAUCCUCCUGCUCGUUAUCGUGACCCUUAACGAAGUGUCCUGUAGAUCCCUAUGCUUCUCCUACUCUCACGUAACUAUAGCCGUGUGUGAGUACACGCGUCGAUGGCGCAUCGUCGACGCAUCGUCGCGAUAUACUUCGGAGGAUUCGAGGGAAAGAAAAAGGAAAAGGAAAAAACAUUGGAGAGAUAACGCGACGACAAUACUGCACUCCAUAGAUAUGCUAGAAAAAGCACGGCUAAAGCUUUCGGAUUUCGGUAACAGGCUUCACGGAUUUAACAGAGUUGGCAGAGCAACGUAAUCGGGUCAUACAAAUGUAGCCGGCUAAUUGCAGAUAGGCAGACUGGAUUGUCUUACACGUUAAAGACACCGUGAAAA